AUGGACUCUGCACGGAUAGCCAUGUCGACUCAAGAAGUCAUAGACCAGUUCUAUGACUUAUUAUCGAAUGUUCUGCAAGAGAAUGGCCUCUUGAAUAAAGCAGAAAGGAUCUUCAAUUGCGAUGAGAUCGGCUGGAUGGGCAAGGAAAAAAACGCCGUUAAGGUCUUGGGGCCAAAACAGGGCCAUGUCUUCCGGAAGAAAAUGUCAGGAAGCGGGCAUAUUACCGCCCAGAUAUGUGCCUCCGCGGAUGGGAGAAUUUUCCCGACAUUGAUGAUCUUUCCGGGCAGCAUACCACAUCGAACAAUAGAGGGAGUGCCGGAGUCGUGGUUGUUCACCUCCAGCGAAUCGGGUUAUAUAAAUACAAACAUAUUUCACCAGUGGUUGAUGCAAAUAUUCAUUCCCAAUUGCGGUAAAGAUAGACCUGUUUUGCUGUUGAUGGACAACCACGAUAGUCAUGUGUCCAUCAGCACAUUGGAUGCGGCCAUAGCAAAUGGGGUCAUCCUAGUUAGCCUUCCAGGUCACACCACCCAUUUACUUCAGCCUCUUGAGGUGAAGGUAUUUGGACCUUUGAAGGCCAGAGUCACAAAGAUUAUGGCAAAUCUUGGACAAAUGAAUUCUUCAUGCUACGUGGGAAACCACAAGUUCCCUGCAAUCCUGCGACACGCCAUAGACAAGGCAACGCCGGAUUCGGUCCAGAGGGCAUUCCAAGUUACUGGUAUUUGCCCUCUGAACAGUGCAGCAGUCCAUCCUAGCCAAAUCAUCCAGGCGACAUUUGUCGAAAGGCAAAAACCUGAUGCAAGAGGAAUCAUUCCUCAACGACUUGCAGACAUUCUUGCGCCAACCCUAGUGCAGUCGCUCGAGGCAAAAAAGGCAUCCUCAAGGAAGAGGGUGGAGCGAGGAAGAUUGUUGAGUAGCAACGAGGUGCUACAGGAGCUGAAAGAAAAAGAACGCCAGGAACAGGAGAAAAGUGAUGCUAUGGAACUAAGAAAGAAAGAGGCGGAAAGAAAACGAUCUGACCGUUUGGUCGUGGCCGAACAGAAAAAGCUGCCGCGAUGA